AUGCAGAUCAAGUCUCUUCUCAUCACUCCUCUCGUCGCCGCUGGCGUCGUCUCUGCUGCACCCAAGGCUAGCAGCACCCCCAAGACUGUCAACUUCCAAGGCCUUGCCCUCCGAUCUGCUUCUCCCAUCCACUUCAACUACCUCCAGGCUUCCAAGGAGUCUUUCGAGCUGAAGCUCAAGAACCAGGACGCCAGCUGCUACGACACCAAAAAGCACAACGAAGCCACUUUCCAGCUCUACGGCGAUGAGCUCUGGCUCUACUCCAAGGGCAACCCCCGCCAGCAGGCAUACGUUGACUUUUCUGGCAUGGGCCAGGGCAAGUUCGGUUACACCACUGGUGCUCAGCCUAUCCCCAAGAACGCUCAGCGAAAGGGCUGGAAGAUCGACAAGGACGGUUUCCUCACCUGCGACGGUGCCAGCUUCGUCGCUUGCCCCAAUGGCGACAACCUCGAGAAGACUUCUUGGUCUGUCUGGGUCUACAACAGCAUCAACAACCCCGGUGGCAACAAGAACUGUCUCCCCUUCACCGUCAAGGCUGCCAAGGUUGAGAAGCCUGUCGCCUGCAUGUACUCUGCUAUCCAGCCCAGCGAGUAA